GACCAUAUUCCCGUCGCUAAUUCGUCUCUAAUUUGCUUUUCCUUUUGGCGACGAUAUUUUGCCCUCGCCUUUCCGUCGCCACAACCGAUAUCCGAAAUUUUGACCCCCCAAUUUGAAAUUCCUAGGUCCGCCACUGAUUGUAAUUGGUUUGUUUUUUAAAGGAACUGGGUACAAGGAUUGGAAAAGAGCAAUGGUCAUUUCUCUUAAGGGAAAAACAAACUAGGGUUCGUUGAGGGUACCGUCAAAAGAUGAACAAGUAGUGUCACAUCUGGAAAAGCGUGGGAUAGAGUCAAUAAUGUAGUGAUGGGCUGGCUGCUGUCAGUAAUUGAUGAAAAGAUUGCAAACUCACUACAAUGGCUAAAGACUGCAAAGGAGAUAUGGGAUGAAUUGAAAGAGAGGUAUGGCCAAACAUCUUAUGCUCAAUUGUUUUCUAUCCAAGAAAGGAUAGGAAAGGCUAUGUAAUCUUCAGUUGAAACUGUUGAGAGUAGGGUUGUGAGAUGAGUUGGAGAAUUUUGAUCUCACCCCUGCAUGCGUUUGUUCAGGCUGCACCAGUGAUUUGAACAAGAAAAUCACUAAGAUUCAACAAGGGAGAAGAUUGAUGGAAUUUUUAAUGAAGAUGAACCCUAAAUACCAACAUAUUAGGAGUAACAUCUUAAUGAUGAAAGAGUUACCCUCAGCAGCUGAAGCAUAUAGAAUCUUGAUGCAAAAACAAACACAUCAAGAGCAAAGUAAAAAGUCUAUGAAUGAGAAUCAAGAAACUCCCAUUGCUUGUAGAGUUGAUAAAAGAAAGCAUGGUGAGAAGGAAAAGUUCAUUCAGAACAAGAGAGGGUCUUAUUACUGUGACCAUUACAAAAUGUAUGGACAUAGUAUGGAAAGCUGCUGGAAAAUUCAUGGGUAUCCUACCAACUAUAUACCUAAUACAUGGAAAAAGGAAGGAUCUAACAAAGUCAGUGUUGUUCAAGGACAUUCAACUCAUGCAAACAGUAAUGCUGAACCAAAAUUGACCCAGGAACAAUACAACAAAUUGAUGUGUCUUCUCAGCAAACACACAAGUCAGACAGAGGAAAAGGAUCAUUCCAUAGCAGCCUCUGCACAUCAUGAAGGAGCCUUUGAUGAAGCCUUUGCUUCUUGGUAGGCUUAAGAACAACCUCUAAUACAUUGAAAAAAAAUUGGUUCCUACAACACUAAUGAUGAUCAUGCAAUUGCAACUCCCCUGUAUACUGUCAAAGAUAAAGGGUCAAGUCACUCAAUUGCUUGCACACAGAAUAAAACAUCAGGGACUGUAGAAAGCAUCAAACUAUCGCAUUUAAGAUUAGGCCAUAUGCCUUUUAAUAGGCUUCAUAUUCCUUUUCCUGAUUUGAAUUGUAAUGCUUUUGAUAAGCAAUUUCUCUGUACUAUUUGCCCUCUGGGAAAACAGACUAAAAGAAUGUUUCAAAGAAGCUCAAUAAAGACUACUGAUUCUUUUCAAUCAUUGCAUAUAGACCUUUGGGGUCCUAUGAAAUUCUAUACAAGAUUGAAGUGCAACAUGUUUUGGCUAUUCUAGAUUUAGAUUUACAUGGGUGCUGUUUAUCAAAACUAAAAGUGAUUUUUUAACAAUUUUUAAGCACUUCUAUGAAAUGGUAAAAACACAAUUUGGGAAGAAAAUAAAGAUUGUGCGCACUGACAAUGCAAAGAAACUAAGUCAAGGAGACACCCUAGACUAUUAUAGAAGUAAAGGGAUCGUUCAUCAAUCUAGUUGUGCUGAAAAUCCACAACAAAAUAGAGUUGUGGAGCACAAACAUAAGCAUUUACUAAAGGUUGCAAGGACUCUAUACCAUCAAUCACAAGUUCCUACAAUGUUUUGGGGAGAAUGUGUGCUCACUGCUUCACACACAAUAAAUAAGAUGCCCCUAAUAGCUUUAAACAAUAGCACACCAUAUGAAAAAUUGUAUGGGACUAAGCCAUCUUAUGACCUUCUUCUUAAAGUAUUUGGGUGUCUAUGCUUUGCAUCCACCUUAAAGAGGGACGGAACCAAGCUAGCUGCAAGAGCUGAUCCAUGCAUGUUUAUAGGAUAUUCUCAAUAACAAAAGGGAUACAUAUUGUAUAACCUUAAGACUAAAACCACAGUUAUUUCAAGGGAUGUAUGUUCUCAUGAAAGAUGCUUCCCAUUUAGGUUUUCUAACAUUGAUCAAACCCCUAUGAAACAUUUAUUCAUACCAAGAUCUAAUUAUCCUAUAGAUGCAACAGAAACUAGUGAUGUUGAAUAUACAAAACAGAAUUCAUCACAACUUUUAGAUCAAGCAGAUCAUUAUGUUUCACCAAGACACCAAGAUUCUAACAGUGAUUCUGAAUUGAAUCCUGAUCCCAUUAGCAAUAUUCCACAAAGCCUUCCUAGGCCAACUAGAAUUAAGACAAGACCUGUACAUUUACAAAUUACAAGAUUAUCACUGUCAUUCCAAAGAAACUGCACAUUGGUGCAACUUAAUUCAAUUCCAUGCCCUAUCCAGCAUACAUAAACAUAUUGCUCAGGUUCAUGAUGAGUACACUGAACCAAAGUCAUAUCUUGAGGCAUGUAAGAAUACUAAGUGGGUGGAGGCUAUGGAAAAAGAACUUAAAGCCUUAGCUCAAAAUCAUACAUGGGAUGUUGUACCUUUACUCCAAGGAAAAAAGCCAAUUAGUAAUAAAUGGGUAUAUAAAGUAAAGCUUAGGUCAGAUGGUUCCCUGGAAAGAUUUAAGGCUAGAUUAGUAGCAAAGGGUUACAACAAAAAGCAAGGCAUAGAUUAUGAGGAAACCUUCAGUCCAGUAGUGAAAAUGACCAUAGUUAGAUGUCUAAUUGCUAUUGCAGCUAGUCAACAAUGGGUGGUAACCAAAUGGAUGUCAACAAUGCCCUUUUACAUGGGGAUUUACAUGAAGAGGUGUACAUGACCAUGCCACAAGGAGUCCCAAAUCCUAAUAAUAAUGUUUGCUUGCCAAAAAAGUCUUUAUAUGGAUUGAAACAGGCUUUAAAACAGUGGCAUGAAAAACUUAUGCUUGAGCUCAAACAUUUAGGUUUUAUUCAAUCAAAAAAUGAUUAUUCAUUAUUCAUAAAGAAGCAAGAUGAU